UAAAAUCAAAAGUAGUUACAGUUUUUCUCAGUCGCUUUGGUGCGUUUCUCAGAUCAGAAUUGAAAUUCUCAUAACUAUUAGUUCAACCUCCACAACACUCAGUCAUUUGUGCACAUCAUAGUAUCAAUUUCUCCCCUCUCUGAACAAACUGCAAAUGAUUUUGGACAUGAAUCAGUUGCUUCCAUACAUUUCCCUGCUGCUUUCUGACAUUUCCAUUUGCUUAUGUCAUGUCAGUCAAAAGUAAUCAUACCUAUGGAUGCUGAAUAGUCGUUCCCAAUAAAACUAAUAGUCAUACAUCCAUUGCUUGAGUCAUCACACACAAAAUUGUUGAACUAGUUAUCACAUGCCAAAUAUUGGCCAUCUGUCAAGCAAAUCCUAUACCUUUCUGUAUCAUUUUUCCUGGAAAUGGCUCCGAAAUUGAACAGUUGAUCUCAGGUGAAUUACAGCUGUCACUCAUGAGGAGGCGUGUGAAAGUUCAGUUGUAACCAAUGACAAACAACUUGUUCACUGUCAAUUAUGGAUGAAUCCUGUGAAUCCCCAAUUGGCAAGCAUAUAUAAACUGCGCAGGAGCUAGUGUGUACCAUUUCUACACUUCUGUGACACAAAAUGGAAGGUCAGCACCGUGGAAGAGGGGUGAGGAUGCGGGGAGGAAGGGGAAGGGGAAGAGGGAGAAGAGGCAGAUAUAGGCGGAUUCCUAAUGAAAUAAGGGCUACAAUUGUGGACCAUGUUGUCAAUCACGGCCUCACCAUGGAGGAGGCUGGUCGAAGGGUGCAACCCAAUAUUGGAAGAACUACUGUCAGUUCAAUCAUUCAAACAUUCCGUAGGGAAAACAGGUAUGCAAACAGUAAUUCACUGUACUGUACUGUGCCAUCUCAGACACAUCACAUGUUACUGUACUGUAUUUGCAAAUUCACAAAAAGUCCACUCUGCACCACAUAGGAUUGAAAGACAACCUCACGGAGGCGGAAGAGGGCCCCUUUUUACCCCACAGCAAGAAGAAGCCAUUUGUGCAAUGGUCAUUGCAAACAAUGCAAUAAAGCUGAGAGAAAUACAAAGCACUGUCAUAGAGAAUCACACGGUAUUUGGCAAUAUUGAAUCUGUUUCAAUUUCAACAAUUGACAGAGUACUCAAGAAGAAUGAAAUCCACAUGAAGCAAUUGUAUAAAGUGCCAUUUGAACGAAACAGUGACAGGGUGAAGGAGAUCCAUCACCAGUAUGUGCAGCGUGUACUGGAGCUGGAAGCCAGGGAAACACUGCACACAUUCAUAUAUGUUGAUGAGGCAGGUUUCAAUCUGGCCAAAGGCAGAAGGCGUGGAAGGAAUCGCAUUGGACAGAGGGCAACCACUGAAGUCCCUGGUCAGCGCGGAGGGAAUAUUACCAUGUGUGCAGCCAUCUCAGACAACGGCGUCCUCACCCAUAUCCCCCUUCUUGGUCCAUACAAUACCCAACAUCUCCUGACAUUUUUAGACACUCUUUACAGGGACCUAGUCCCUGAGAAUGAGAGAGGUGGAGGCCAACUCAGCAAGUAUGUUGUUGUCUGGGAUAAUGUCCGUUUUCACCACUCCCAUCAGGUCAGAGAGUGGUUUGCAGCACAUGACAGAAUUCUGGUUGAAUAUCUCCCUCCAUAUUCCCCAUUCCUUAAUCCAAUAGAGGAGUUUUUCUCUGCCUGGAGGUGGAAAGUUUAUGACCGGCAUCCACAUGAGCAAAUGGCCCUGCUAGCAGCCAUGGAUGCAGCAUGUGACGACAUCACAGCAGGGUCCUGCAGAGGAUGGAUUCGCCACUCCAGGAGAUACUUUCCUCGCUGCAUUGCGAGGGAUAACAUCUGUUGUGAUGUUGAUGAAAAUAUGUGGCCAGACAGACAGGAGCGUCUGGAUGUGCCAGAAUGAUUUACUGUACUGUUACAUGUGCUGUUUAUUGUUCACAUUAGUGCACAGCUCUACCAAAUGGGUGAUUUUAUGUUUACAUGUAUUCUACAGUGAACAAGUGACUGUAGCAUAUUUUUCUUUUGCACAAUUCUGUAGGAUUACAAACACUUCUACACAAUGGAAAUGUGAAACGUACGUAUUCAGUGUCUCAGUUACUCCCAAGA